GCCGUGCAGUGCGACGGAUGUUCAGUAUUGUCGAGCGCCGUCGCGACUGACGCAGUACUCCCGCGCCUCGCGAGUCGUGCUGAUUGUGCGUGAUUUUUUCUCACGUUUCUGUAUCGCGCGUUAUCGCGCAAAUCGGUGAAACACGGAAGCACCUCCGAUCCCGAGGACGACGCCGGAGCCCGACGGCGACCGCGACGGCUCCCGCCCGUGGAGAAAUUUCAUCCCAUUCGCAAGUCGGGUCGCGCUCCCGCGGCCCACAACUUCGGCAGAGGUGGCGUGGGGCACAGCCGUAAUGGAAUUGCAGAGCUGGUUGCUCUAUCAUUUAGUGGCUGUCACCGACUGUAAUCAAGUGAUGCAGUCGGUAAACACAAUCGGAAGUAGCGGUGGAGGCGGAGGCGGCGGAUCGUAUUCCGCUGGUGGUGGGACUGGAAGUCGCACCCGCGAUUUAGGGCUACGCGCCCAGAAGAAGCUUCUCGGCCGCAUAAUGUCCACUAAUGCAGGUCGAUCGCUCUUCAUCGAUGAUGCUACGACGUCAUUGCUUGAUAAUCUCUACAAACUGAUGGAAAGCGUCACCAAAAGCAACCCACAUUUGGACAAGAAGGAGCCCGAAAAGGUCCUCAAGAACAUUGUCAAAUUGUCUAUCAAGAUUGGACUCGUGCAGCGCAGUCAUCAAUUCCGUUCGAACGACGCCGAGAAGCUGGAAGAGAUCCGAGAGGCUCUGGGGACAGUGGCGAUGACUGUCGUAUCAUUCUACGAGGUGGAUUAUAGUUACGACCAGGAGUACCUAACAGGUUCAAUGGAACGUUGCCGAACGUUGCUCCAGCAGUUAAUAAAACCGCAUCUUACGGACAAGUCGUCACAGCGUUGCGACCAGGUGUUCGACUUUCUGGCGUAUCCCAAAUUUUUGGACUCGGUGUUCCGAUACGACUCUGAACAUAGACCCAUUCUCGGCAUGCUAGUCAGUGACCUCAACAAGGCGUUGGAUGCCAGGCGGCUUUGAUUCUAUAAGAAUGAUAUUCACAUGUUAAUAAGAACGAAUCGAUGGCCAACAACACGGUUCGAUUGCUGGGAAAAUGUCCAUCUCUCUCGGCAACGGCGGUCUCGCGAUCGUGAUCGAUGAUGAGUCGACGAACACAGCGGACGAUCCGUUGGACACGCGCGCUUCGUUACACUUUAUUUCACAGCGAA